CCACUCAACUCUGCAUUUUGACCUAUAUUUGGAAUAAUCUUCUAUUCCGUAUCAUAUAGAGUCAUGUUAUUUUAGAGCUAAAGGGACCUGUUACUAUGUUGUCUAAUUCUUUUCUCUAAUGAGGAAACAGGUCUAGGAAGAUUAAAAUCACACAGCUAUUUAGAGGCACAACUAAGACUCUUAAGUAUUUAAUAGUAAUGCAAGCUGGAUAGUCUAGAUAAGGGAAUGGUGAGCUAACACCAGCGCUACCUCCCAUGGACAACUAGAACCGAAGACCAUGACGUCAAGUAAUCAGCAUGGAAAGACAGCCGGUGGUCAGCCAGGAGCAGACGAAGCUGAGGUCCUGCAAACAGGCAAAGAUCUGGAAGAACAUCCCACUUUGGUUUCCCAACACAUUAAUAUCUGAUUCACAGCCUUGAGAAGCGGCAUUGCCUGCUGGAGACGGCCUGAAUGAAGCAGGACGGAGGGGACUUGAGCUUCCACACUGCUGAAAUAGCAAAAUGUUUGUGGACUAGAUCUAAAUCAGGAGCCCAGAUGAAUUUAAAGAAACUAGCAUGGGAUUCUUAGUUUUUCAAGAUCUGUACACACCAAAGCUUUCGUCACCACCGACUCCAGGGUCCAGGUUUUCUCUGGUUUUGUGAAGACUGAGGAAAACUCUGAUGAUGGAAAAGCUAAGGGCAAUUACUUGCUUCGGUGUCAUCUAAAGUCAACUGAAAAGUGAACCAGACAGUAAUAGCAGCCAUGGAAAGAAAUUCAAGUUUGUGGAAGAACCUAAUAGAUGAACACCCUGUCUGCAUAACCUGGAAGCAAGAGGCGGAAGGAGCCAUUUAUCAUCUUGCCAGUAUUUUAUUUGUAGUAGGUUUCAUGGGUGGCAGUGGAUUCUUCGGGCUCCUUUACGUCUUCAGUUUGCUGGGGUUGGGUUUUCUUUGUUCUGCUGUCUGGGCUUGGGUAGAUGUCUGUGCAGCUGACAUAUUUUCCUGGAAUUUUGUACUGUUUGUCAUCUGCUUCAUGCAAUUUGUUCAUAUUGCGUAUCAAGUUCGCAGCAUAACCUUUGCCCGAGAAUUCCAGGUGUUGUACAGCUCCCUUUUCCAGCCCCUGGGGAUCUCUUUGCCGGUCUUCAGAAUGAUUGCUUUGAGCUCUGAAGUGGUUACUUUGGAAAAGGAACAUUGUUAUGCCAUGCAGGGGAAAACUUCUAUUGAUAAACUGUCCCUGCUUGUUUCAGGAAGGAUCAGAGUGACAGUUGAUGGAGAAUUUCUGCAUUACAUUUUCCCCUUUCAGUUCCUGGAUUCUCCUGAGUGGGAUUCACUGAGACCCACAGAGGAAGGCAUUUUUCAGGUAACCCUCACAGCAGAAACUGACUGUCGAUAUGUGUCUUGGAGGAGAAAAAAAUUAUAUUUGCUCUUUGCUCAGCAUCGUUACAUCUCCCGCCUGUUUUCAGUUUUAAUUGGCAGUGACAUUGCAGAUAAACUCUAUGCCUUGAAUGACAGAGUAUAUAUAGGAAAAAGAUAUCACUGCGAUAUUCGGUUACCCAACUUCUAUCAAAUGUCAAGUCCGGAAAUACGCAGAUCACCCCUGACAGAACAUUUUCGGAAUACCAGACGAUAUUGUGAUAAAUGACAUCAAAGUCUGAAGUUUUAUAACUAUAGAAAAAAGACUCUCUUCAUCAUUCCCCAAAUUAAAUAGCAAAUUACAGAAAAUUGAGCUCACUGGUAUUUUUAUAUAUCAAAUUCAGAGGCGAGAUGCCACUGCCAGCUGUUGUAUUCAUCUCAACUUCUGCACUGUGAAUAAAUUUUACAAAUUUUUCUUGUA